AUGGGGAAAUAUUCCAGCAAAACAUGUCGUCUUCUCACCAUGCUGGGUUUGACAGCCUCAUUCUUCUUAGUUGAGAUUGUAGUUGGAUAUGUGACAAAUUCUAUUGCAUUAGUGGCUGACUCUUUCCACAUGUUAUCAGAUGUUGUGGCUUUAAUUAUAGGAUUUGCUUCAGUGAGGAUGUCAAAAUGGCCUUCGAAACGGAAUACAUUUGGCUGGGCGAGAGCUGAAGUAUUGGGUGCUAUGAUUAACUCAGUAUUUCUCAUAGCUUUAUGUUUUUCUAUUAUGGUGGAAGCUUUAAAAAGAUUAAUACAAAUAGAGGAAGUUGAAGAUCCUAAAUUGUUAUUAAUAGUUGGUAGUGUUGGAUUACUAGUCAAUAUUAUUGGUCUCUUUCUUUUUCAUGAUCAUGGUCAUUCACAUGGUGGUGGAGGUCAUGGUCACUCACAUGGUGGUAAGAAAGGUCAUGGUCACAGUCAUGGAAAGAAGGGGGAUAAUCAUCAACUCAAUGGUGAUUGUAGUGGAUAUCAUGAAGAUCAAGCACUUGUUGAACAGGUGAAGGCAAGCAAUAAAAUAAAUGGAGCUGUUACUGAACUUAAUGAAUUAAAUAUGAGAGGUGUAUUUUUACAUGUAUUGGGUGAUGCCCUAGGGUCUGUUAUUGUUGUUAUUAGUUCACUUGUUAUUUGGUUUGGAGAAGGAGAUUGGAAAUAUUAUGUUGAUCCUGCUAUGAGUAUAGCUAUGGUUAUGAUUAUUUUAUCUACAUCUAUUCCAUUAUUAAAAGAUUCUUCCAGAAUAUUAUUACAAACAGUACCAUCACAUAUAGAAGUAGAAGAGAUUAGUAAGAAAUUAAUGGAGAUUGAGGGUGUAAUGCAUGUACAUGAGUUACAUAUCUGGCAGUUAGCAGGCAGUCGUAUUGUAGCUUCAGCUCAUAUUAGAUGUCACGAUCCAGCUAGCUAUAUGAAAAUAGGCAAAGAAGUCAAAGAUUUCUUCCACAAUGAAGGCAUACAUUCCACUACUAUACAACCAGAAUUUGAGGUAAGAAUUGGUAUCAUGAACAUUAUGCAUGGACAUUUUUAG